GGUAAUAAAAAAGCGAUAAAACAUUGCCAAUACUUGAUAUCAUAUAAAGAAUAAAAUCUUUGCACGUUCAGUAGUCCGUCGAAUUUGUAGCGAGAAUGUUGCCAUUAACCAGUAGGUCGCCGUCAAUACACGCGGUUUGCUACUUGACGCUCGCUAUGGCGCUGUUCGUAGUGGCCGUGAGGGCGCAGGGUCAACGUGACCAGUUCAUCAUACGCGUUGCUGAAUUACCAAAUGACUUGUCCGGCGUCGACUCGACGGGCGAUGCACAAGCGUUGGAAGAAUUUAAUUUGAAUUUUGGUAAUUUUGCACAGAAUGCUGAUACUCUGGUCGGUGGAGUGCAGACGGAGUUGCAGGCGCCUGAUGUGGUGGUGGAAGGUCUAAACUUGUUGCAACACAACAAUUUGGUGGCAGCAGCCGGGAAUGCGCAGGCGCCUGGACCACAACAACGCAUACGUAUGAAUUUAAAUAGCGGCCUGCGCAGACGUUGAGCGAAUGCAGUGGGCGUGCGGCGCGAUAGAGAGAUAAAUAGAAAAA